UAAAGAAAAGCAAACAUGAUUAUAAUGCAGCUGAUUAAUAUGCAUCAUUUACAAAAGUCACUGAUAAGUUUUGUUUAUCCACGAAAACUUACCGGUAUAAAUAUCGGUGAAAGCGUGAAUCGAGUAGAGUUUGAACUUCUCAAAUCAGACUUCACUAUGUUCACCAAGGCACUUAUCUUCGUCCUUUUGGGCAUCACCCUUGUGUUGGCUAACCCCAUUAGCCAAGAGUCUGUUGAGGAGCAGACUGAGAAGAGCUGGAAGGCCAAGGUUCAGGACUGGUUCCACCAUGUCGAGGAGACCCUCAAGGAGUACUACGAACAAGGCAAGAAGAGCUUCGAAGAAGCCUUGAACGAACUUAAACAGAAGGGUGAGAAGGCUGUCGAAAUCAGCAAGGAGAAGUGGGCUGAGCUCAAGGAAAAGUACCAGGAAAUCAAGGAGAAGGCCAAGGUUGCCAUUGAAGAGAAAAAGAAGAUCUGGGAGGCUCGUCUUGAAGAGUGGAAAAACAAGGGGCAGGAAGCUCUUGAAGAGGGCAAGGAAAAGUUCGAGGAACUGAAGGAGAAGGCCAAGGAAUCUAUCAAGGAAGAGAAGGCCAAGUGGCAAGCUAAGCUUAAGGAGUGGAAGCAGAAGGCUAAGGAAGCCAUCGAAGCCGCCAAGGAAAAGCUUCACGAAAAAGAUGAAUAAAAAUCUAAUUUAUUGUUAGUUUUAUAUAAAUUCUCUUCAAUUUCAUCAUUAGAAAUAAAUAGCUAUUGCAACUUA